AAAAAAAAGAGAAAAAAAAAAAAAAAGAUAAAAAUAAAACUCCAAAUAUCUCUUCUAAUUUUAUGUUCUCUCUACCUCUCUCUAGAAAAAAUUCCCUUUUUCCUCUUUCUAAAAAAUUGAAUUUUUUUCACCACAACCUCCAUCGUCGUCGUCAUCGACGAUCAAUCUAAAAUCACAUCAUCGAUUUUUCUUCCAAAUCGGGCUCUUAAACUUCGCUCACUCGGCGCAUCUUAGUUGCCGCCGCCGCCAAUUUUUUCUCCCACCCAAACAAAACCACUCCGUAAAAUUUUCGCCGGCGGUGGGUUUUUCCCGGAGGUUAAACGUGUGAAGCGUACGAUUGUUAGCCUUCACACUUUCGUUAUCGUCAUUUGGUAUUGACCCAAUUAGUUUGGCUAUUAAUAUCUUCUAGAUCUUUUGGUGUGACUUUCUGGGAGACAGAGACGGCAGGAGUAGCACUGGUCAAUCAAUUACUCUUUUCUUUUUGAUACUUUAAAUGUUUAUGGCAUGGGAGAUUAUGUGAAGAAAUAAGUUAUAAGUUCCAUGUGAGAGAUGGCAUUUUUUAGGAAUUUUUCUAGUGAAUCAGUUUCCCACAGUGACCUGGAAGAAAAAACUCAGGGAAAAACUGUAAACAGAAUUCAUAGCUCAGUAGGGAAUGAGGAUGUAGAUGUAACAUCGAGUGAAAAGGAAUUUGAUAUAAACAUGGAUGCACCAGAUCAAAGUGAAGGUGAACUGGAUGAUGCUAGUAGGUCACAAAAUGAGGCAACUGUUAAUGACGGUAUAAUAAGUGUAGCAAACUUGCAACCAUCUGGGAGGAGAAGUGCCAUGGCUGGAAAAUGGGGUUCAACCUUUUGGAAGGAUUGCCAACCUAUGCACUCUCAGAAUGGUUCUGAUUCUGGGCAAGAUUCUGACUGUAAAAAUGUAGAUGGUUUGGAAUAUAAUUCGUCAGAUGACAGGGAGCAGAGGGAGCAGAGAUUAGAUUCAGAGGAUGAUGAUGGGCCAAAGGACGCAAUGAAGGGUCAUCAAGGCCCUUCUGAUGUCCCUACAGAUGAGAUGCUUUCUGAUGAAUAUUAUGAGCAAGAUGGGAAAGAGCAGAAUGAUUUAAUGCAUUAUAGAGGGUUUCCUCAUUCUUUGGGGUCUAAUUCUGAGCAACAAUUAAAGCCAGCUGCAGGGAAUAAGAAUACUGCAAGAUCUUCUAGAGUCUUGAAUGGCAGUGAAAAUUUUGGCGAUGGUGAUGAAGAUGACAACAAUAAUGAUGAUGCUGAUUAUGAAGAGGAUGAAGAUGAAGAUGAUCCUGAUGAUGCAGAUUUUGAACCUGAUUAUGGCAUUACAAGUGAACGCACAUUGAAAAAGGAUAAAAAUUGGGGAGGUGCAGAAUCUGAAGAAGAAGAUGACAGUGAUAAUGAGCUGGAUAUGUCUGAUGAAGACGAUUCUUAUUAUGCAAGGAAAUCAAAAAGUAAACAACGUGGUAAAGGUGGACAUAUUGUUAAAUCUACCAGAGAACGUAAAUUGUAUCAGGGAUCUGGUCAGCAGCGAAGAGGUAAAUCAUCAUUUGAAGAUGAUGAGUCUUUGGGGGAGGACUCUGAAAGUGACAGUGAUGUGGGUUUCAAAAGCACGAGGAAAGGUUCACAUCAACGGAAAACUAGUGGUCGUUCUACUUUUUCGAUAAAUGCAACUGGAAGAAACAACGAGGUACGCACUUCUAGUAGGUCUGUGCGGAAGGUGUCGUACGUUGAAAGUGACGAAAGUGAGGAUGCCGAUGAAAGCAAGAAGAAAAAUCUCCAAAAGGUGCAAUCUAGUUGUGUACCAGAGGAACUUGAAGAGGAAGAUAGUGAUUGUAUUGAGAAAGUGCUGUGGCAUCAACCAAAGGGCGUGGCUGAAGAAGCUCUUAGGAGUAAAAGAUCAACUGAUCCUGUUCUACUUAGCUACUUGUUUGAUUCUGAGCCAAAUUGGAAUGAGAUGGAAUUCUUGAUAAAAUGGAAAGGCCAAUCCCAUUUACACUGUCAGUGGAAAUCAUUUUCUGAGCUUCAGAAUCUUAGUGGUUUUAAGAAGGUUUUGAAUUACACUAAAAAGGUAACGGACGAAGUCAGGUUCAGGAAGACAGUCACACGUGAGGAGAUUGAGGUUAAUGAUGUGAGCAAGGAGAUGGACUUGGACCUCAUCAAGCAAAAUAGUCAGGUGGAAAGGAUAAUUGCAGACCGCAUUAGUAAAGACAGUUCUGGAGAUGUAAUUCCAGAGUAUCUAGUCAAAUGGCAAGGGUUAUCUUAUGCUGAAGCGACAUGGGAAAAGGAUGUAGAUAUCACAUUUGCGCAAGAUGCCAUUGAUGAGUAUAAGGCCCGUGAGGCUGAAAUUUCUGUACAGGGGAAAUUGGUAGAUCCCCAGCGCAAAAAGAGCAAAGCAAGUUUACGGAAGCUUGAUGAGCAGCCUGAAUGGUUGAGGGGAGGAAAGCUGCGUGAUUAUCAGCUUGAGGGUCUGAAUUUUCUUGUUAAUAGUUGGCGAAAUGAUACUAAUGUUAUUUUAGCUGAUGAGAUGGGUCUUGGUAAAACUGUUCAGUCAGUAUCCAUGCUUGGGUUUUUACAGAAUGCUCAACAUAUCCAUGGGCCAUUUCUUGUUGUUGUACCAUUAUCCACAUUGUCAAACUGGGCAAAAGAAUUUAGGAAGUGGCUACCUGAGAUGAAUAUUAUUGUAUAUGUUGGUACUCGUGCAAGUCGAGAGGUUUGUCAGCAGUAUGAAUUCUACAAUAACAAAAAUGUUGGCAGGCCAAUAAAAUUUAAUGCACUAUUGACUACAUAUGAAGUAGUUCUGAAAGAUAAAGCUGUCCUUUCAAAGAUCAAGUGGUGCUAUCUGAUGGUUGAUGAAGCACACAGGUUAAAAAAUAGUGAAGCACAGUUGUAUACAACACUUUCGGAAUUUAGCACCAAGAACAAGUUGUUGAUUACUGGUACUCCAUUACAGAACAGUGUGGAAGAGUUGUGGGCCCUGCUUCAUUUCCUUGAUCCAGAUAAGUUCAGGAGUAAAGAUGAUUUUGUUCAGAAUUACAAGAAUCUUAGCUCUUUUAAUGAGAAUGAGCUUGCUAAUCUUCAUACGGAAUUAAGACCUCACAUUCUCCGAAGAGUUAUUAAGGAUGUAGAGAAAUCUUUGCCUCCAAAAAUUGAGCGAAUUCUUAGGGUUGAGAUGUCUCCACUUCAGAAACAGUACUAUAAGUGGAUAUUGGAACGCAACUUCCAUGACUUGAACAAAGGAGUUCGUGGGAAUCAGGUUUCACUUUUAAAUAUUGUGGUUGAGUUGAAGAAGUGCUGCAAUCACCCCUUCCUGUUUGAGAGUGCAGACCAUGGUUAUGGUGGCGACUCAAGAACCAAUGAUAGCAGUAAACUUGAGAGAAUUAUUUUGAGCAGUGGGAAGUUAGUUAUACUCGAUAAGCUGCUUGUUAGGUUGCAUGAGACAAAGCAUCGUGUUUUAAUUUUUUCCCAGAUGGUAAGAAUGCUGGAUAUACUAGCAGAAUAUAUGUCUCAUAGAGGGUUUCAAUUUCAAAGGCUAGAUGGCAGCACUAAGGCUGAACUGCGUCAGCAAGCAAUGGAUCAUUUUAAUGCACCUGGUAGUGAUGAUUUCUGCUUCCUUCUUUCAACUCGGGCAGGUGGCCUAGGUAUCAACCUUGCAACAGCAGAUACAGUUAUCAUAUUUGAUUCGGACUGGAACCCUCAAAAUGACCUACAGGCAAUGAGUAGAGCUCAUAGAAUCGGCCAACAAGAAGUUGUGAACAUCUACAGAUUUGUCACAAGCAAAAGUGUUGAGGAAGAUAUCUUGGAGCGAGCUAAGAAAAAGAUGGUUCUUGACCACCUGGUGAUCCAGAAAUUGAAUGCAGAAGGCAGAUUGGAGAAGAAAGAAGCAAAAAAGGGGAGUUAUUUUGACAAGAAUGAGCUUUCAGCUAUCUUGAGAUUUGGAGCAGAGGAACUUUUUAAAGAAGAGAAGAAUGAAGAAGAAAGUAAGAAAAGGCUCUUGAGUAUGGAUAUUGACGAGAUUCUUGAAAGAGCAGAGAAGGUGGAAGAGAAGGAAGCUGAAGGAGAGCAGGGCAAUGAAUUAUUGAGUGCUUUUAAGGUUGCCAAUUUUGGCACUACUGAAGAUGAUGGAAGUUUCUGGAGUCGGUGGAUAAAGCCUGAUGCAAUAGCCCAAGCGGAAGAAGCACUUGUUCCCCGUGCUGCAAGGAACACUAAGAGUUAUGCAGAAGCUCCACAACCUGAGCGAAGUAGUAAACGGAAGAAGAAAGAAUCUGAGCCACUGGAGAGAUCUCAGAAACGGCGCAAAGCAGACUAUUCAGCCCCUGCAGCACCUAUGAUUGAGGGAGCAUCUGCUCAAUCAAGAAGAUGGUCCUGUGGGAAUUUGUCGAAGAGGGAUGCAUUACGGUUUUCUCGUGCGGUCCUGAAAUUUGGAAAUGAGAGCCAAAUCAGCUUGAUAACAGAGGAGGUUGGAGGUGCAGUUGCAGCAGCUCAGACUGAUGCACAAAUUGAGCUUUUCAAUAUAUUGAUAGAUGGCAGUAAAGAAGCUGUAGAAGUAGGAAGUUUGGACCCAAAGGGGCCCUUGUUGGACUUUUUUGGAGUUCCUGUGAAGGCUAAUGAUAUACUCUCACGUGUUCAAGAACUUCAACUUUUAGCUAAGCGUAUCAGUCGUUAUGAAGACCCAAUUGCACAAUUCCGCGCCUUGACUUACCUGAAACCUUCAAACUGGUCAAAAGGAUGUGGUUGGAAUCAAAUUGAUGAUGCAAGAUUACUUUUGGGAAUCCAUUACCAUGGAUUUGGCAAUUGGGAAAAGAUAAGAUUAGACGAAAGGCUUGGCCUUAUGAAGAAGAUUGCUCCAGUGGAACUUCAACAUCACGAAACUUUUCUACCCCGUGCUCCUAAUUUGAGAGACCGCGCUAAUGCACUACUUGAAAUGGAACUCGCAGCUUUUGGAGGUAAAAAUUCCAGUGCUAAAGUGGGUCGGAAAGGUUCUAAGAAGGACAGAGAAAAUAUCCUUAAUGUGCCUAUAUCUCAGAGCCGAGUCAAGAAAGGAAAAGCAGGGUCAGCUCUGAUUGUUGGUAAAAUGAACAAGGACCGAUCUGCAAGAUCCCAAAAAGUUGAACCUUUAGUUAAGGAGGAGGGUGAAAUGUCAGAUAAUGAAGAAGUAUAUGAGAAGUUUAAGGAAGAAAAAUGGAUGGAAUGGUGUGAAGAUGUAAUGGUUGAUCAAAUGAAAACUCUGGGACGUCUUCAGCGAUUGCAAACUACCAGUGCUAAUCUUCCAAAGGAUAAAGUGCUUUCAAAAAUUAGAAAUUAUUUACAGCUUCUUGGACGGAAAAUAGAUCAAAUUGUUAUAGAGCAUGAGGAGGAGCCAUAUAGACAGGAUCGGAUGACUAUGCGUUUGUGGAACUAUGUGUCGACCUUUUCAAAUUUGUCUGGGGAGAGACUGCAUCAAAUUUACUCUAAACUAAAACUAGAGCGGGGGGAGGAGGCAGGUCCUUCCCAUGCCAAUGCCAAUGGGGAUUCAAAUCCUUUCAUUCCUUUCUCCCGGCAAAGAGGUUACAGAAAUAUGGAAAACUUCCCAGGUUCAGAGCCCUUUCUCAAAGGCAUGGAUACAGCCAAAUUUGAAGCAUGGAAACGAAGGAGAAGGGCAGAAACUGAGAGUCAUAUCCAAGUUCAGGCCCCACCUCAAAGAUCAUUGAGUAAUGGGAACCGAAUAUCAGACCCCAACUCAUUGGGAAUUCUUGGGGCAGCACCAUUUGAAAAUAGACGUGAUGGUAAUGACAGGCCCUAUAGGAUGCGUCAAACUGGAUUAGCCCCAAAACAAGGUUUCUCAUCAGGUGUUCAGUAGGCAUGAGAGUAAAGUGGUUGAUGAAAGCGCUUACCUAGUAGCAUCAACUGCCCAAGCCCUUGACAUAUUCUCUGGAGAUUUUUUCAACCAUGGGAAUAAAUUUUUUGCAGAUACCUGCGGUAUUCGGUGACUGAUCCGAGUCGGAUGUGCAUUCGAUUAUAACAUUAAAACAUCGGACCAAGCGGCUGGCUGAGUAAAAGAGGCCGAGUAAAAGAGCCAAAGUCCUUGCCACAUGCAACACUCAAGGAGUCUUGCUUCCAUUUUUCCCCCUCUAUUUUUUUUUUUCUGUUUUAACUUUUCUGAAGAUGAGUUCAGUUUAAUUUGUUUACUUGUAUAGUGAAAGUUAGGGAAAGGAUUACUUGUCACUCAUCUGAUGUAUACAACCUACAUUGAAGAGAACAUGUGUAUUAGGCCUAUCGGAAAGUGUACAUUAUCAAUUUUGCAAUAAUUUUGGCUAAAUUUCAUUCUUGCAAA